CUCAACCUCCUCCUUCUUGGCAAAACCGGAAAUGGCAAGAGCGCCACCGCCAACACGAUCCUCGGCUUCAAAGCCUUCGACUCCACAUCCAGCACCACAUCGGUCACCUCCAACGUCCAGUCGCAGAGGGCUACAUUCAACGAUCACGUCAUUCAAGUGGUGGAAAUUCCCGGACUCGCCGACACGAGAUCGAAAGCUGACGACGCCAUGGGCAUAGUCUCCGGGAAUUUGGCUUUGGCACUGCAGCAGUCCCCGGAGGGUUUCCACGCAGUGCUUCUGGUGCAGAGAUACGGGACCCGUUUCACCGAGGAGGAUUCCGCGAGUGUUGCCUUGCUGAAGAAAGCCCUGGGGGAGAGGUUCGUCAGGGAAUUUUGCAUCUUGGUGUUCACGUGCGGAGACCUUUUUGAAAUGGAUCCAGAGGAAUCGGGGAAAUGUUUUAAGGACCGGUGUAGCGAGCAGGUGGGGGAACUGUCACAACUGAUGCAAGACUGCGGAGAUCGAGUGGUACUGUUUGACAAUAGGGAUAAACGCAAGCAAGGGACGAAGUUGAAUGAGCUGAUCUCGCUGAUUGGAGAGCUGCAGUGUAUUCGUUACACGGGUAUCGAUUUUGAUGAUGCAAAAAAUUCGCGAGAACGAUAUAUCGUGGAAUUGAAUAUGCCCUCCAUUCGUGAAAACACGAACACCGAAAUAUUGAAAAUCAAUCAAAGAAUAGCAUCGAUUAGCACCUCCCCACUGCACGAACGGCUUCAGGAUUUGAAAGUCUUAUUAUCGACCGCGCAGUCGUUGGCUUCUUCCGUCGAUCAACAAGACAAAGGAACUGGUGCGCUCUCCGAGAUCAAAAAGUCCGUCGAGGCCGUCCAUCAGCGCAUCCAUGCUGACAUGCAAGCAGUCCAAAGGCAAAUGGAAGAAGAGGAGCGAAUU